GUCAAUGGGGACCGUUUGACGCACGAGUCACGUGGGCCGGGAGGGCGGCGGUAUAAGAAGCGCCUGCCGCUGUCCGUGGUCCUGAAACACAGACGGAGUCCACGCGCGGCAUCCCGGCGGAGACGCGCAGGGAGGACAAGCGUAACUCGGCAACAAGGAACAAACAACAACAACAACAACAGUGACGACACUUAACAUUAGACAACAAGAACAAGAACAAGAACAGCAGCAGCAGCAGCAGCAGCAGACCGGAGGCUGACGUGACGAGGAGGGGAAGCUGGAACCCCCCGCUCAACUGCAAACCUUUCUGAUCCCCUUGCCACUCACAGCGGGUCCGGUUGUGAGCGGCCAUGGCUCCGUACCACGAUGCCUCAAGUGUCCUUACCCUGCUGGUGCUCCUGACGGGGGCUUCUCUCCCCCAUCUGUCCAGCCCCAAUCCCAUCGACACCCCUGGAGAUGCUGAUAGCCCACACAGAAAUACUCCUGGGCUGAUGGUGUCAGGAGACGAGGAGAGAAGGGAGGAAGAGAGACGAUCGUUGCGAAAAGAGGAGGCAGAGCAAGAAGAGGACCUCUUUAAAGACGUGGAUCCCAAAACACUGGCAGCCGUUUUACUGGAGGCACUGAAUCACACACAAGUAGAGAGGAGGGAGGAGGGAGAAGAGGCCAAGGCUGAGAGAGCGGAGGUUAAGAAAGAGGAGGAAUACAGACGUAAAGUGAGAACGAUGGAGGGAGCCGACAGAGACCGAGACGGACGGCAGCAGUUAGAGUUGCUGAUGGCCGCACAGGGAAAGGAGCAGGAAAGGGAGGAGGAAGAGGAGAGGAAAACAGCUCAGGAAGAAGAGGAGAGGAUGACGGAGAAGGUGACCAGUCGGACCACGAGUCAGACAGUCCAGGUCCAGACAGAGCAGCAGCCCGCAGGUCCAGAUGGACGAGCGGACAACGGGAAGGGUGCUGCCCCCCUGCAGGGACAAGCUGGCUCUGGACCAGGCAGCGACGAGGAGGAGGAGCAGCUCAGUCCAGAGGAGCUGAAGAGCCUCGAGACCAUGAUGAAGGAGUUUCCCCGCUUGGACACGGCCACGAAGAGGAAGGGCGGUUCGGAGCAGAACCAGAGAGAGAGCAGGGGUUACAGCAGCCAAAAUGACAUCAUACCAACAAAUAAGGGCAGCAACCUCGCCAUGUCAAAGAAGAAACUGAAAUGGCAAGAGGAGACGCAGAAAGCCCUGAACAUGCCAUCAUUCAGGGGAGGCAAUUUUAUGGACGAUUUUGAGAACAGUAAUUAUGGCAAUAGUGCCGCACAGUCCCAGCCUCCAGCCGAGCAGGAGGUGAUGGAAGAUGAGCCAGAGGAGGAGGAGGCGGAGGAGGAGAAGGAGGACGAGGAGGUGCUGAGUCCAGAGGAGGAAGAGGCCCGCGCCAGAGCAGAGCAGGAGGAAAUGAGGAGGCAGGCGGCCGAGGCCCAGCGAGCCAAGAUGGAGGAGGAGAAGUUGGCCGACAUUGCCUCGGACAUGCUGCUGCGCUACAUGGUCAAGCAGAAUAGCGGGAACAAGAAGUACAGUUCGUCUCUGUCCAACGCCGCAGAGGACAAGAGGUCGGACGAGGAACAGGAAGUGGUGGAGGAGGACGACAUCGACCCCCAGACCAUCGACAAGCUGAUCGAGAUCUCCAGCAAGCUCCACCUCCCCGCCGACGACGUGGUGGACAUCAUCAGCGACGUGGAGAAGAAGAAAAAGAAAGACCUGCCACCCGAGCUGACGGCGCGUUGGCGUCGACCCCCGACCCCGCUGUCUUCUUCCUUCGCGUCCAACAACGGUUUGUCCGCGUCGCAGGUCUCGUCCACACAACGUGGCUUCCCCGUCUCCAAGCAAUCCUCCCCUGCUGUCAACCUCCUCAAAGCCUGGUUCCAGGAGAAAACGUCGCCAAGAUCCCAGGGUCGCUGGACCAAACCUGCAAGCGCCAAGACAGCCAAUCAGAAUCUCUGGCCCAGACCCCAGAAGGCUCUGUCAAUCAAGCAGGACCUCUGGCGCAAAUCGCCCAAGUCGGUCUGGACCGGCUACCCUUCGUACCCCUUCAUUUACCCGUUCUACUACCAGAGGAGGCCCUACCCAGACUACUACCCCUUCUAUGCCCCCCCUCCGCCCAGACCCAAACCCCGUUACUACAUCCCCAAUCCCGCCGUCACCCUCAACAACUUUAUGGAAAACUCUGUGGAUGACGCCCGCGCGUUUCCCCCCAAACGCCGUCAUCACAGCUGGGUUCAACCCAGGCUGAGGCCCCCCCCCCCCGCGGGCCGCCAGCAGCAGCCUUACUACAGCGGCUACCCCCUCCCACCGUACCCCCGUGCGUUUCAGCAGGUGCCAGUUCCCGAACUACGUCCCCCUCCCCGAAUCUCUACUCAACAGAAGCCGUCGUACUACUCCGCCCUGGCGCCCGCACCGAGGAGGAAAGAAGAUCAUCACGUGGCUGGAGAUCAGUCGGACAGCAGCAGCCGGGCCGAUCUGGAGAAGUACAUCCGGCAGAUGCUCAUGAACACACCGCAGAUGUUGGACUGAGGCCUCGGACGGGAAGGGGAGAGAGAGAGAGAGCGAGAGAGAGGAGAGGAAAUGGAAUUGAGGAGAGAUGACCGGACAAGAGUGUUCCUUUAUGAUUUCCUUUUGCUGGUGUUUGGUUUUGCUUCACACGCGUAACAAGUUUAUUUCUAAUAUUUUGAAUAUCCGUUGUUAUGUCGAGAAGGACGUCACAGAGGACCCCUUUUCUCAUCCAGAAGUCAAUCUGGAGAAACUGAAUCUUUGGAGGGAAAACGGACGGACAGGUCCACACGGGGCGCGCGCUCCUCCCGUGCGAAGGCGGAGGAACGCGUGACGCAGCGCAGAUUUGUAUCAUGCUAGAACUUCUCGUCCAAACUCCCGGCACGACGACAUUCUCCACUUGGACAUUCUACAGUGCCGACGAGGGAGGACGCUUCGACGUGUUGUCACCUUCGCCAGAGUCAGACGGAUCCCAGGUGGCGGCAGGUGGCAGGUGGCAGGUGGUCGCCGUAGACGAGACGCACAAACUGAACAUUUGUGGUGUUAUCUCAGGCAGGGGAAAAAAUAUUUCACAACAUAAGCUUUCGGAAAGGAUACAUUCUACAUGGCCCCCCCCAAAAAAGUAUGUGGACACCAGACAUUUUAUAUCGUAUACAAACACAGCCAAUGGUCGUGGAUUCUGAGGCCGUCGUGCGUAAAACAGGAAAGGCACAAACAAAGGCAUGAAGUGGAAUCUCGCCAUGUGGUGUCCACAUACUUUUGGCCCUAUAUAUAUAUAUA